AUGACGUAUAAUUCAAAAUUUGGACGAUUAGAGAGCUGAUUAAUAUAUUUUGAAAUUAUGAAAGUCAACUCAUUUCAUAAUCAGGGGUUUCAAAAAAAAUUAAUUUCUGAAUUCAAACAUAAAUACCAGUCUGACCAAGUGUUUUUAGUGGAGCAUCGUUACCACAAGCAAUUCAAAGUGUUGAAGAAAAUAUAGGAGUCGAUAAAAGGAUCGCUGGAUUUAUUAUGCCAUUGGGAAAUACGAUAAAUAUGGUGAGACAAAGUUCGGAACACAUUUGGAAUUUCUUGAUUGCCUAACUUUCACAAAAAAAAUUCAUAUCCAAAAAAAAAUAUUUUUCCUAGGAUGGUAACGCUUUGUACGAAGCUGUGGCUGUUAUUUUCAUUGCUCAACUCAAUAAUAUUCAACUAAAUUUUGCCGAUAUUAUAACAAUCUGUGUGACUGCAACUUUUGCAUCAAUUGGUCUGAAUGCAGUUCCAGCUGGGCUUGUCUCAAUGUUUGUUAUUCUCACAGCUGUUGGACUUCCUGUCAAUGAUAUUCCACUGCUUUUCACAGUGGAUUGGUUGAUGUAAGUUACAGUUUUUUGAACCGAAAUAUUGUUUUAAUUUUGUAGUUUCAAAAAAAAUUCCAGUGAUCGAGUUCGAACUGCAUUGAAUGUUUUGGGCGACGCAUUUUGCGCUGAUGUAAUUCAACACUUUAUGAAAAACGAUUUAGAGCAAGUUCAUAUUCUCAUUGAGAAUCCUGAAGGAUACGAAGACACUUUUGAAACCCCGGACAUCGAAAAAUCGGAGCCACGAAAGAAAAAAGUGUCAUUCGCUGAUAUGGUUCAACCAGAAUUCAAUUCAACAAAAACCUAUUCUUUAAAAUCUGCAAUUAUUCAACCACUUCGAGCGCAUUUAGCAUUACAAACAAGAUUGUCACAACUGUCUGAAGAAUGA